GUCCCGCCAGUUAAAACCAUCUUCACUUUGCUGCAGACGGAGCUGCGCGACGUGUCGUUGUUGUUGUUGUUGUAGUAGUUGUUGUUUUCACCUUCAAACAUGGCUUCGGUCAACACCUGCCUCAAACUCAUCUUCACCAUCUUCAACAUCUUCUUCGCGAUCGUUGGCGGUGUCAUCAUCGGGGUCGCGCUGCUCUUUCAAGUCGUCACCAGCAUCAACGGAGGAGAAAACCUGGAGGGUCGGCCCACCAUCCUCAUCAUCCUCUACACUCUGGGUGCCAUCACCAUGGUGAUCGCCAUCCUGGGGGCCUACGGCGCCCACCGGGAGAAACAGGCGUGUCUGAUUGUGUUCCUGGUGUGUAUGGUCAUCGGGAGUCUGAUGAUGCUCCGAGCCGGAGUCACCGCCAUUUACGGCCAUCCCCAGGAGGAGCGCAGGCUGGAGGAGCGUUUCCGUGAGCUUCUGCCUCUGGACAAAGCUCCAGAGAACAUUCAGUACAUAGCAGACAGGCUGCAGACACAGCUGCACUGCUGUGGGCUGUUCAGCUACUCGGACUGGGAGGACAACGUCCCCGACAGCUGCCUGUGUGACCCGCAGACGGAGGAGUGUCUGUCGCUCACCUACUCUGACAUGCUGCUGCACAGGAAGUCCGUCUACGCCAAGACCUGCUUCCCCACCAUCGCCCACUUCUUCAGGCUGAUCCUGAACAUCUUCAUGGGGGUCGACUUCACGCUGGCUGCCUUGGCGCUGCUGGGCAUGGUGCUGUCCUCCACCAUCAUCCACCAGAUGCGUUACCCGGGCCGCUCCACCCUCCUGAUGACGGUGCCGGCCAUCUUCACCUUGCCUCCACCCAAAUACCAGGAGCUGCACAACCCCCCCGGAUACUAGAGGGGGCUGCUUGGGUCCUCGGAUGCCAAAGUGCCUUCUGGGAACUGUUAACCACUGGGGUUCUUAUUCAGUUAGCGUAGAGACAAUCUGAUUGGUUGGUGCAGUGUGGGGGCGGGGCUUAUUGGGCUUGAUAACAUUAUUUUUAGUGUAGAAAGCAAACCUUCACUUCCUCUCUGGUUAUUAUUCUUAUUUUAAUUCCAUCAAACUUAACUCUUUCCUGAAUAUCUUCUAAACUACACAUUAAAACUUAAUUUAUUUUCUGACCAACCAAAGACCAAAGACAAAUUAUUUUGUGUGUAUGUAUUUACCUCGUGUAGGGUUUGUUAAAUGUCUUUUUCUGUUAAACAGUUUGCCAUAAUGAUAUAAAAACUGAUGACGCUGAGGCUUUUAUUUUGAAAAAUGAGAACCGCUUUGAGAGAGUUUCUGAGGAACAAAAAUGCAACAAGGUUUCUUAUUUUUAUAAUUAAAGUAUAUUUCAAUAAAUGGAGGAAGGAAAAGGGAAAUAAUAGUUUGUAUCUUUAGAUUUUCUGCUUGAACUGAUGAUUUCAAAAUAAAAGAUCAAACAUUA